AUGCGAGUAGGCGAUGAAACAUGCGAAGCCUCGUCGGACAUCGUCCUAGCCCGUGAUAGACAUGCAGAGACUUCAAGGCAAGGAGACGAUGAGAGAGGACAUGGUGAAGAGGGCGUUAGACACAACCUUGACAUGUACACGGAAGAGAUUCGAGAUGAGUUCUUGCGAUAUGCUGCGCAAAGGCCAGGAGACUAUCUUCAGACGCAUCUCAUGGCAUGUCAGACAACGGUGUACCGCAAGGACAUCAAGAGGAUAAUCUCAUCUGCAAGACCGCUGCAUGCUCUGGUGACUCUGAGGUCGAUUCAGAUCCUCUUGCUCUGCUCUGGGGUCCUCAUGCUAUUCGCAUUGACAAGCCAUGGGAGCGCGUUCCUGCCCUUCUCUCAGGUUGGCAACCAUGAGGUUCGGAGCUCGCGAUUCUUUCGCCUCCAUGUUCACACCUUCCGAGGAAAACAUGGCAGCAUGGGCAUCACCUCGUCGACGGCGUUCGUGCAUGACUUCGGCGCCCUGCAGAACAAUUGCAAAGUGAAAUCAGACCGGGCGAGCUAUGAGUACUCGCAGAACAGCAUCGUACUGAGGUUUGAACGAGAGAUCACUUUUGACGGGUGGUACUUCGUUACCAACAACCUUAGCAUAGAAGCAGAUCCCAUCGACUUCAGGCUUGAGACGUCCAAGGACGGGGACCGGUGGGACGAGGUGGGUCUGCCGUGGGUGUGCGGCAGCAAACAUGAGCGAGACGUUGUGAAGCACAAGAACUUUUCUUUUCCUACUCCUCUCAAGAGGCUAGAGGAUGUGAAGUUCGACUUCUCGACCCUCUCGUGUACCUACGGUCAGUACCUAGUCCUCAUCGCAAUGCUGAUAGAAGGCUCCAUGACAAUCGUUGCUGCACUGGUUGCCCUGCUAGAUUUCUACGGAAUACCGAUAAUGAUCUUGGCUACCAGCAGCUUUGUCCGCAGCGUGCUGCAAAUCGUCGCGUUUGUCGCGCUGUAUCGAGAAAACCAUGUGGUAUCCAUUGCUGGGUAUGACGUAAGGACCAUUCUCAUCGAGGCGCUGACGACGAUGAUCUUCUUCCCAGCUUGGGGGUUAUUCAGCCCACCAACGGUCUUCCCGACAGCUCUGAUCUGCAGCAUCAUCCUAGCGACAUGUUCCUUGGUGCUGGGAGAUGUUCCGGUCAUAAGCCUUGUCAUAGCCGCAGCUUCUUGUUGGAUGAUUGUAUACAUCGAGCAAGUGAAGAAGGAUUGCAGGCGGAGUGUGAAGGAGGAUUUCGUUCAGCUGAGUGCUCUGUGGAGCAAGAUGUCGUCUAGCAAGGAGGCGGAGGAGGAGUUGAAUGAGAUGAAGAUGCUGAUCAGUCGAUGGAAUGACAACAACAGCGACAAGCAGACUUACGGUCUUAGACACCUCAACAGCUUUGUUCUUACAAGCAGCUCGCUAUCACCUAUCAGGGCAGGGCCGGGUCAGGGUCUGAAUGCACCGAAAUUGAUCUCGAUAGACAACACAAACCUCUCCAUGUACGUCGAUUCUCUCGAUCAGUUGUACUGUCAGGCCGUUGCAGUCUACCCCAUCCUCAACCACAAGACUCUGCAGCUCGCUGCUCAGUGUGAUGGUCAGCUCUGCACAACUUCGGAAGGAGAGUUUGUUCAUGCAGCAGACGCUCUCGCCAACGAGAGUGUCAGAAACAAAGUGCGCUGGGAGAAGAUCAAGAAUGUGGAUGAAGUUGUAGAUGACAUAGCGACUCGUUAUGAUUGGGAUGUCUCGAAAGCUUGCGACCUUGUGACUCAGAGGAUUGUUUUCUCUGACCUGCCGAGCUUGAAGAAGUGUAUCAGCAUCAUGGCUGGGGAUACAGACAUCUCCAUCGUCGAGAUUCACAAUCACUUUGACAAGCAGGACGGAUCCAGAAAACUUGCCGGAUACCGAGAUUGUAAAAUUUACUUCCGCUUCAAGACUGACAGCGCAGUUCAGAGCUGUGUGAGAGGAUUUGUCUGCCGACUCGUCCUCGAGCACGUUCAGUUUGUGAUUCACAGCAGCGUACAUCAAACCCUGCGGCGACGCUCGUACCUCCAGAUCAUGGCACCCAACGUGUCUUCCCUUACCCAGGACCUCAACGAGAGGGGCUGGUUGUCCAUGGGGGGAAGGAGGAGGCAGAGGGCUCUGUCAGUCGUGACUAUCAUACCAAACGAGGAUGUGAACUCUGUCAUCCCCCCUCGAGAGCAGGAGCUGCUCAUGCAUCGCUGCUACUACCCCGGAAGCGUCCUAGACAAUCGUCUCAAUGAGGAGCGACUUGCGGUCAAGACAGCAGCGACGGUCAGCGUGUGGUUCACCUCUCGUCCUACCACUCACGCUCUCGGCAAGCCGAUAGUGCAUGGAAUCUUGUUCCUCUUUGCCAUCUACUACUACUACCGCACCUUUGAGAGCUUCAAAGCCUCCAUGCACAACAGCAAGUUUCAGGCCUACCAUGCUCGCUUCACCGCCAUCGAGUACCGCAACGGCUCCCUCGCCACGGACGCAAUCGGCCCUCGUGUCGGCACUCUCGGGUUCAAGCUCGACGGCUGUCCAGUCGACCUGCCAACGACGGGCGUCGCUACAGUCACUCGCGGUCGCCACUUGUACCUCAGCAUCCCCAGCCCCAUCACAGCCAACGGCUGGACCUUCUCCACGCUGCUGCAGGCGGACAGCCAAGACCUUGACCCCGUCAAGUUCGAGCUGCAUGUGCUCGACCGUCAGGCAACCGACGCGCCAUGGCUGGUGGAGGAGAGUUCGUGGAAGUACGUGUCAGGGUCAGUCUGCCGGUGGGUCUUCCUCGAGAUCACCUGCACCUUCAUCGAAGGCGACAAGUACGACACCAACUUGAUCCGCGGAGCUGAGAAUCAGGUGGACCUGCAGGUGCCCUGGUACAGCAUCUUGAUCGUCGUCUACGGUCACUUCUUCGACGGCAACUUCGUCCUCGCCACCUGCCUCCUCGCAGUCGCCGGUCACGUGCACGCCGCGCGCAUGACCUACGGGUUGACCGUCGGGUUGAUGGUGAGCGUCUUGGAGUUUACGGCAGCGACGGGACAACUCUCGUCUGAGAGGCCUUGGGACAGUUUCUACGUGUGGGUGUAUGCGGUGAUGUUCACUCUGCUGGGACUUAUACUGAUCUUCAAGGAGAGCUUGAUUCCCCCAUUCAUUCCCGUCCUCUUCUUCACCACCAUGACAGGCAUGCUCGUCAACAACUUCCUCAUCAUCAGGAGAUCCGCCAUCGACUUCCCCCCGAUCAUCUACCAGUCACGGCGAGACGUCGAGGGUGACAAGCGCCAGUACGACGAGGUCUGGGACCAGCUGGUAUCCCAGCCGUCCUCCCUCAAGGCCCUCGACGAGCUCGCACAGCUGGCCGCAUCCAUCAGGCAGUCCGACAAGAUCGUACAGACUGUGCGGAGGAUCGACGGGCCCGGGGAGAAUCUCUUCGUGCCCCAGCAGACCGCCGCCCCUCCGCUCACUGCCAUGCUGAGGAGCGUGCACGUGCCCUGGUGGAGGAGAGGGCAGGAGGAGGGCCUGGAUGGGAGGAGGAUAAGGUCGCUGGAUCAGCUUUACGCGCAGGCUGCUCUGCUGGAGCAGCACUUGCGAGAGAAGGCGAUCGCGCUGUCACGAGCCUCCAACGGCUUGUUCGUGCUCAACUCGCCGGGGCAGGAGCAAGAGCACAAGGUGACCUUCAUCCGGAUGGAGGAGGCAGAGGCGCAGGGCCUAGUGCAGCAGAUCAAGUUCGCCAAGUUGAAGGGAGUGGACCGAGCGAUCGAGAAACUCUCUCGGUCCUACAACUGCGAGGUCUCCCUGCUGGUGGACGUAGCGAGGCAAUGCGUCGUCUUCGAGGCUGUCGAGGACCUCUGCUCCUGCCUCCGAGCCAUCAUGAGCGACCCCGAGCUGGAGAUCAUCCGCAUCAAGAACAGACUUGACCUUCACUACCGCUCCGACCGGUCGGCCGGGUACCGUGACGUGGCGAUGAACUUGAGGAUCCACUCGAGCGAGUCCAAGAGGCUGGGACUGUCGGGGCAUGUCUGCGAGAUCCAGCUGGUGCUCAAAGAGGUCAUGAUGCUCAAGUCUGUCGUCGGGCACAAACGAUAUGUUGUGUUCAGAAACGUCAGGUGCGAGUGA